AUGAACAACUUUUACGACCAGGUGGAUGAGCUAUAUGAAAAACACAAGUUUGAUGCAGAUUCCGUUUUCAAUACAGAUGAGACUAAUAACACAACUGUAGUUGAACCAGCAAAAAUUAUUGCACAAAAAGGCACUCACCAGGUUUAUCAAAUGACUUCUCAAGAAAGAGGUGUAAACGUGACAAUGUUGCCCUUCGUAAAUGCUUCUGGAAAGUUAUUCGGUGGUGUUUUUGUAUUCCCACGUAAGAAAGUGAGCGAGAAAAUGAAAAACUUGCCAGAAGGCUUUAUUGCAUUAGCCCACUCUUCAGGAUGGAUGACAGAAGAAAACUUUUUGAUCGCUCUGAAACAUUUUCAUUCCCAAGUUCAAAGUAGGCCUACUAAAGAAAAGCCUAUAUUGUUGUUCCUCGAUAACCACAUCAGCCAUAUGGGUUAUUCCAUUUGUAUUUUCGCCAAAGAAAAUGGCAUAAUUCUUCAAACAUUGCCCCCUCACACUUCUCAUGCUUCACAGCCAUUGGACAGAACUACCUUUGGCCCAUUUAAGUCCAAUCUUGCAGAUAGUCACUCGGAUUGGAUGAGGGAACAUCCAGGUCAACGCAUUUCAAUUUAUGAAAUCCCUCUUCUUUCAAAACCUGCUCUGCAACGUGCAUUUACUGAGAAAAAUAUCAAGAAAGGGUUCAAGGCAACAGGCUUAUUCCCUUUUAAUCGUAAUGCCAUUCCUGACAGCAUGUAUGCUCCUUCUAUCGUAACUGAUUUACCAGCGCCAACUGAGGUUAAUUCUCGUCAAAAUGGUUUAACUAUCUGUAAUGCUAUCCAGCAUCUUCCCAUCUCAGUAAACCAAACAUUGCGAUUUGAGAUGCCAUCUUCUAUAGCUGCCCAGCAUACCACAGUGGCAACCCAAGAACCUCCAAAGAGUCAUUAUUUAUUGACAGUUUCAACAGCUGGACAGUUGACGUUGAGUCCAAUCAGCGUUUCCCCUGUUGCUCAGCCACAAGCAGACGGAACAUGA